UAUGCAUUAAAAAUAAUUAAAUGUGUUAUUUUUAUUGUAUUAAAAAUUACAAGCAUGUUAAACACAGUUAUUUUCACGCGCCGAAUUAUGACGUGACGUCAUAAUUCGAUACAGCUGCCUUACAAACAUUUCAAAAUGAGUGAAAACAUGCAAAAGAUAACGAAAAAAUGUUAUACAAGUGGUGCUUUGUUCCCUUAUGUAAAAGUACGACUGUUUCCACGCCUUCAAAAGUAUUUGUAUCGAUGCCAAAAGAAAAUAUGAGGAAAAAAUGGUUCGAGAUCGCAAGACGCGACGAUGCUUUGUCUAUAUCAUUAAAUAUCAGCAUGUUUUGCUGUGAAAAUUAUUUUUACUUGCAAGAGGAUAUAGAGAACUAUAUGAGAGUAUGGUUUGAUCCAGAUACAUCUGUACGACUAAGAAAAGGAGUAUUGCCUACAAUAUUUGAUGGUCAACUUGAUAGACAACGUUAUCAUUUAAAACGUGAACGUCCAGGAAUUCUAAAAUGUCAGAAAAUAGAAAAUUUAAAUGAAAUCCUACAAACUAAAUCGGUUGAUAAGGCUUGUGGACACAUAAUAGAUAAAUCUGUUACUAAAGAGCCAGACGUCAAUAUUGAUAAUUCUUCAUCAAUUGAAGAUAAGAGCAUCGAAAGUAAUUUAAAUAAUCUUCAAAAUACAAGAACAUCGGCAUUCAAGCAAAAUUUGCUACAAGUUCGAAAAGUAAUGCAUAGCAAAUACGUACAAAAACUGUUAAGCUAGAUGCUUGUUAUGUAACAGAACAGAAAUACAUGAUUCAAUAGAAGCAAAAAGUGAUAUAAUCUUCAUCGACAACCAGUACUACUAUAACAAGUAAUCAUGAUGAUACACUUAACGACUGCGACGAUGGUGAAUAUCUACCAUACGAAGAAACAAACAAAGAGAUAGUGAAACAAAAUAUGUAUGAACAGAAGAAAUUUGCGAGAAAUUAAAAAAUGACACUUAUUAUAAAUAAACCAAAAAUGUAUUUGGGUAUUUCGAAUGAUACUUUCUUUUUAAUAAAAUUAUUAAGUCAAAAA